AUCCCGGAAAUGGUCUUUUGAAAAUGGUUGCAUUCAAAUGGCAGUAUUGCUAAGCACGAAAAUACUGAUACAUUAAUAGUCGCUGUCCCUUUGUCGUCAACUCGGUUUACCUGACAUAAUGCGUCGCCUUGGUUCAGUCCAACAAAAGAUGCCAUGUGUGUUUUUGACGGAGGUGAAAGAGGAGCCAUCGAGAAAACGCGACUGUCAGCAAUUCCAGGUUGUAGCAACAGAAAACGUGAACCCGAGGGCACUCGAAUCAAAUAUUGACUGCGCCCUCGCCACAGAAAAGCUUGAUGGAACCUGCUGUUACGUGUCUUUAUAUAACGGAGAGCCAUAUCUCUGGGCUCGGUUAGAUAGGAAACCAAACAAGCAAGCUGAUAAGAGAUUUAAAAAGUUUCAUCACUCUCGCAAAAGCUGCAAAGAAUUCACUUGGAAUGUGGAGGAGGACUUCAGGAAUGUUCCGGAUUCAUGGAUUCCAGCGCAUGGCGUACAACACCACAAUGGUCAGCCCGUGCCUGAUGAAAAUGGCCACAUUCCAGGUUGGGUUCCAGUGGAGAAAAACAACAAGCAGUACUGCUGGCAUUCAUCGGUGGUGAAUUAUGACGCUGGGAUAGCUCUAGUUCUGAGGCCCGGCUCAGAUGACAGCGAGCUGUUGGAAGUAGCCGCUGUUCCGCUUUCAGAGCUUCUCGAGCAAACGUUAGAACUCAUCGGAACCAACGUCAACGCCAAUCCUUACGGGCUGGGCUGUAAAAAACAACCCAUCCAUGUUCUUGUGCCACAUGGGAUCAUUCGCAUCCGAAACGCUCCAGCAGUGCACUACCAGCAGUUGACGGAUUGGUUUCAGGGCUGUGCAGAGGGCAAAGUGGAGGGCAUCGUCUGGCACUGUAAUGACGGGAUGCUUGUGAAGCUUCAUCGUCAUCAUCUCGGCUUGAAAUGGCCUGUUGGAGACACGUUUCUAAACAAGAGGCCUGUUGUCAUCCGUGUCAACUGGGUGACCUAUGAAUUGGACGUUGGAUCUGAAGACUUGUUUGUCUCUUUCACAAACUUGAAUGGACGUUGUUUUGACUGCAUUAAGGAUGUUCACUUCGAAACAUGAACUUUGACACUAAAACAUUCCUACUUGUAUGCCCUACCCACACACAGUCAUCAUACCGAUAUUCUGCUUACAUACUGUAGGUCAUAACAGCCAUUGGCCUGACAUGGUUCACUCAAUGUGCACGUUUUCUGUAAAUACCAAAUAACGUUACAUGCAAGCUAUGGUUUAUUUUGACUAGUAAAAAUUGCAUAAUGAGAAAAGCUUGCACAUGUCAAAUAUUUCUGGAAAUCUAUUGUAAGGUGGCGGCACGGAUGGUGCAGUGGGUAGCACUGCCGCCUCACAGCAAGGAGGUCCUGGGUUCGAAUCCCCGUCGGCCGGGGCCUCUCUGUGCGGAGUUUGCAUGUUCUCCCCGUGUCUGCGUGGGUUUCCUCCGGGUACUCCGGUUUCCUCCCACAGUCCAAAGACAUGCAUGUUAGGCUGAUUGGAGAGUCUAAAUUGCCCAUAGGUAUGAGUGUGUGAGUGAAUGGUGUGUGUGCCCUGUGAUGGACUGGCGACCCAUCCAGGGUGUAUUCCUGCCUUUCGCCCAAUGUAUGCUGGGAUAGGCUCCAGCCCCCCUGCGACCCUGUUCAGGAUAAGUGGGUUCAGAUAAUGGAUGGAUGGAUGGAUAUUGUAAGGUAUGCUCUUCUGUACUUAACAGUUGCAUUCCUUUGAACCAAAUGAUCGUAGAAGUGCUUAAUAAAAAUGAUAAAUGUGUAA